AUGUCCGACUACGACGGCAUGGACUACCUCCAACCAGACUUCGACGCCAGGUCGUUGACUAUUCCGCGCUUGCGAUCUGCCCUUGUUGCACACAACAUCAACUACCCAGCCAACGCCAAGAAGGCCCAGCUCGUGGAGAUUUUUGAGGAACAGCUUCGCCCGCAAGCCAAGAAGAUCCUGGACCAGCGCGCAAAGGCAAAAAGGUCGAGUCGCGGUAUCUCUGACGCCGAAAGCUCCCAGAGCAGUAACCCUUUCAAUGAACCCGAGGAACUCGCUCCGCCGCCACCACCGCCAAGUGCGCGUGCGCGACGCUCGGCAUCACCAAGAAAGGCCUCCACCCGGAUCAAGUCCGAGGAGCCCGAUCACGCCUUGCUGCCACCCCCUCGCAGCCCCACGAAGCGCACUUCGAGAGCCUCCAGCAAGCAGCCACAAACUUCGGACUCGGAUGUCACACCUGAUUAUGGAAACAGCCUGCGCACUCCCAAGGUCAGACAGGCGCAGCCUGUGUUCAAGCACGAGCAGUCUGAUGAAGGCUUCUUCCGCCGGGAGUCGGGCGCUUUCAGUACCGAGAAUCCAUUCCAAAGCGGUAGCUCGCCUGCUGUUGAGCAGACUCCCAUGAGCCGGCGCACAACCACUGGGUAUGGCUACGAUACGGCAAGAUCGGCUAGCGGACGCUCGCCACGCAAGCAAGUUGAUGGCUUUGGUUAUUCUGAUGCCGACGACUCUAACAUGUCCAGGAGCCUCGAGGUUUCCGCAAACACGCUCCUUAGGGGUAAGACUCCUGACUUGCCACCUCAGCCAACAGUCGACUUUGGCGAAGAAUUCACGCCUGCGGAACAACUCGAGCUUGAAGCAGAGGAAAACCUGGGCAGCCAGUCAGCUGUAGUUCCGACAAGCCAAACUCGCCGCGCCAAGUCGGGAGGCGCAGGCACAUCUCUGGGUGUCUUGCUCACCACUGUUCUGGCCGUCUACGCAGGUUGGUUCCGCCAGGAGAAGAUUGCUGUCGGCUACUGUGAUGUUGGUCGUGCUGCUGGCACCAUCCCCAACGAGCUCCCAGUCCCCGAAUGGGCGCAAUCGGUUCUCGGCGACGAAGUCACAAUUCCGCAGUCUGUCAUCGACACUCUAGAGCCCACAUGCGAACCCUGCCCAGCUCAUGCUUACUGCUACGGUGACUUUUCUGUUCGAUGUGAGCAGGACUAUAUCCUCAAGCCGCAUCCCUUCUCCCUUGGUGGCUUGAUUCCCCUGCCACCAACUUGCGAAGCGGAUGGAGAGAAGGUACGUCGUGUCCAGGCCGUGGCCGAUCGUGCUGUUGAGGAGCUGCGCGAGCGCACCGCUAAGUACGAGUGCGGCGAGCUCACCAACGAUGAGGGCAUCAAAGCUGAUUCUCCUGCCAUAGAAGAGCAGGAGCUAAAACAAGUCAUCAGCGAAAAGAAAAGCAAGAAGAUGAGCAACCAGGAAUUCGACGAUCUUUGGGGAGCAGCGAUUGGUGAAAUCAAGGCCCGGGAGGAGAUCAAGGUGGAAACACAGCAAGAAAACCGAGAAACCGAUUCCUCCGCAGUUCCAGUCACGUACCUACUAUCCACCUCUCUCGCUCGAAUUCCGCUCACCUGCGCGGCCAAGCGGUCAAUCCGACUCGGACUGGCAAGAUAUCGCCUCCAGAUUGGCUCUGUGAUUCUAUCCCUUUUGCUAGCGCAAUAUGGCAGGUCCAGAUAUCGCAGCAACCGCGCCGCCAACGCCCAAGUGCCGGCCCUGGUCGACUUGGUGUUGGAGAGGCUCGCAAACCAAAAGCAGAUCAGCGACGAGGAAGAUGACCCUUGGCUGUUCUUGCCCAACCUCCGAGAUGACGUUCUCAGGAGUGUUCACAAGCUGAGCCAGAGGGAGAAGAUUUGGCAAAGAGUGCGCGCUGUUAUUGAGCAAAACAGCAACGUACGCACGUCUCAGCGUGAGGGUCGCAGCGGUGAGGUGGGCAGAGCGUGGGAGUGGAUUGGGCCGAGUGUUGGUGAUAGCGCACGUAGGAGACGGAGCUCUCGGGUUUCGUGGGGCCCUGAUUUGAAGAGUGAGGAUGAUUCGGAGAUGGAAAAGAGCUACCUCCACCAGAAGUGGGAGGAAGGCGGCGGCCGACCCAUUUACUGA